GUGCGCGCGUUUCGCUGUCAGCGCGCGAGUGCAUACCGCGCAUUUACCAGCCUACUCGCGUAUAUUGACGUUUGUGUCACUGCGACGACGACGACGACGACGAGCCUGAAUUUUCCAACCUCGACGGAGAGCAGCUCGGUGUGGUUUUUUUCGUUAAAAAAAUGCGGAUCUACUUGGCGGUGACUCUACGCGUCAGGAGAAAGUAGCGCAGAGCGUCUCCGUCUUUUCGCAUGAGUAUCGCAAAGACAAAAACAUGAUCAGCGGUCUGCAGAUUGCUUUGAAAAAUGCCAUUGACGUGAUCGCUCCUCCAGCUACGCCUCUACAAGACUUCACUUAUCACUGGAAGCAGCUUAUGAACUUUUAUGUCAAUCACUUGAGCGAUUCCAAAGUACCUGUAGAAACCACAAGCAUACCAAAACACUUGGAUCGUUUGCUGGAGCUCUUGCUAGAGGAGGAAAAACAUGGAGAUGAACCAGGUCCAUGCCUCGAGUAUCUACUGCAGCACAGAUUGUUGGAUUUACUGGCAACUCUGGCCAGUGCAGAAACACCACCCGGGAUGAGAUUGGUCUGUUUGUCCUUCUUGCGGAGAUUGUUGACCAGAUCCAAGCAUCCUCUGCUGCAUCAUGCAGCUGUUUACGGGCCUGUUCAAAGGCUUAUAGCUAUGUGCAAUGGAAAUCUUGCCUCACCUAUUGAGAACGAAGAAAUACAAUUUCUUCUGUGUCUCUGUUUUCUAGUUUGCAAGUACCCACAUGUAACAAACAUAGUGAAUGACUCUAGUAAUGUAAGACAAGAGAGUGGAAUUUUGCACUGUGAUUAUGAAAAGUCAGAAAUUGAAAAGGUUACUUACAUACCUGCUAGGAAAAUGAAUAAUGCCAAUCCUUUGUUUAAACCACUGAAUACACAAGCUAUUACGUUGGUAAAUCCUGAUCUGUUCCAAACAAGCAGGAACCAGUCUUUUCACAAUGAUUCUGCUGACAAAUCGAUCGCACAGUCAGAGGACUCACAAGAAAACAAACCGUCCAAGCACAUACGUAAUACAUCUACAAGAUCAAACUCCUCGACACAAUCCAGCAGGUCAUCAAGGGACGUGGAAAUCGCUUCUCGAACCUCGAGUCCACUUACACAAAAGCCCAAUGAAAACAUUCCAAAUUCAGUGUCCGAAAUUAGCGACGACACCCAAGAAACCGAACAUUUGUACAAAGUACCUGAACAAGUUGAAUCUUCUACAUAUGAUCCAGUGAUAGCGGCACUUAAUGAUUUUAAAGACUUAAGAAUAAGCGAAGAGUAUGCUUCUAGUAACGGUGAUAUUAAAUCGAGAAGCAGCAAACACGAUAUUACACUCAGCGGUCCAGGCAGCCCUGAGCACUCUAAAUGUCUGCUCUUGGAUUCCCUCAAGAGCUACGUAAACAGUGCAGACAACACAAUUAGAAUAAGAGCAUGCGAAGGAAUAAUGGUUCUAGCUUCAUUGGACGACCCCUUUUUUGCUGAAAUUGUUGCCAAAAGUAAUUUAUCGGCUGUGCUAGCAAAACGCCUAGAGGUUCUCUUUAACUUAAUACCGGCUCACGUUGAGCCUGGCGAAAUCGAAGAUAUCGAAGUAACGUGGGCCCUUGAUUCACCUCCUCUGCUGAAUGAAAAGAAGUUUCCUGGAUGUCGAAGAGUAGCCGCUUUUUUCAUGUGGCUCGAUUUUUGUGCUCAACUCUCCAGGGAAGCUCAUCCGGAUGUCGCGGAAGUCUUAGCUCAAAAUAUUAGAAUAAACUUUUUCGAAAAAGUGUUAACCCCGGCGUUAUCGGCUCAUCAUGCCGUUCUGAUCACGGCGUUGAUCACAAAAUGUUUAAAGGAUAUUCCUUGCUCCCCGCUUAGCACUGAAAUCGGCCGAUGGCUGGUGGGUCAGCAGAGGGAUCCCGACAUUCCAGACGUGUGGUGUUCACCCGUCAUCCAUAGGCUCAUAGACAAUUGUUGUACAAAAAGUGACGAUCUUACCACGGAAACGUUAAAGUUGUUCGAGGAGAUGAUCGAGAAAAAGGAUGAACAUAUCCUGCACUGUCUAGUCUUAACGUACUUAAACACGCGUGGGUAUUACGAUAACAGCGCGGCCGAUAGCGCAAUCGCUUCGUGGAGCGACGAGGAGGACGAGAGGGAACGCGAGAAAAAAGGCUCUAUGGAUAUCUCGCACGGGACGAGUCACAGCAGAACUUUGGCACCGAGCAAUAUACACAGAAUCUUGAAUUGUUUUCUUUCUCUGGUGCCCAGACAACUGCAGACUGAAUCGGACAACAAUUACGGAAGGUACAUGGGAGAUUGGGAGAAGCAGUAUUCGAUGGUUGUAAAGAACUGUGCCCUUCUUGCCUGGCCACUAGAAGCCGUGACGUUGGAUGACUCUGGCAGUUCUGACUCCAGACCAGAAACAGAUAAUUCUUCGAGCAGAUUUUAUCCAGGACCUUUUCUCUCCAUGUUACUAGAGAAAGUCAGCAACAUCCCUAAGCAGAAGUACGACAUCAACUUACAACUGACUGUCCUGAUUUCCAAGCUGGCCUUGCUACCGCACCCGUAUCUCCACGAGUUUCUGCUGAAUCCUUUGAUCCCUUUGACGUCCGGAAAGAAGAGUCUAUUCAUUUGUUUGCAGCGAGUUGUUAAACAACUUAUGAACGAAGUUCCUAAGAUACCGAACUACAAGCAAGCGCUCAAAGAGACCAGGCUGCGAUUAUUCGAUGAUUGCUGUCAGAUCGAUGAUUCAACAGUUUCCGAAUCUAGCGCCAGGUCAAAAGUGGAACAAAUUCUGCUUGAAAGUGCGAUUGUGACAGAAGAAUUUUGCAAAGAGUUAGCGGCGAUCGCAUACGUUAAAUAUCAUCAUUCCACAUAGCAGUUCUGAUUACCCGAAAUUUAUGAUAUGUAAAUUUAGCUGUAAAUACAAUAAUUUGCAUUUUAUAGGGAUUCAAUCGAAGCAUACAAAGUAGAUCUAGCAUGGAAUUGCGCUAGACAAAUUAUAACAACAAAUUUUUAAAACGAUUAACUACAUGUAUAUUUUAAAUUGUGUGGAUAAUCAUCUCAAGUAUUUGUUAAUAGUUUAGGUGUGAAUCAAAAAUGUUAAAAAUGGACUUUUUUAACGAAAGGAAUAUAUAUGUAUAUAAAAGACAAUAGGAAUUUUCGUACAAAAAAAAUCAUCUGUAAAUUUUACAGCGAUUUUCAUGCACAAUUGCUCUAGUUGUUUAAAAUAAAUAUCAUGAAAAGAUUG